AUGGCACCACCAAUGCUCCCAGGAGGAGUAGCCCUCCAGGCGCGCAACAACUGUCAUCCACAAUGGUGGAAAGACCCUGGCCUGCGUCAACUUAACAUCCGUAUCUUUGGUCUGAUGAUCAGCAGCAUGGCUUUUGGUUUCGAUGCGGCUCUCAUUGGCGGCCUUCUCGGCAACCAGAGAUGGUACAUGGACUUGCAGGUCUCUGGGGCGACCUUGACCGGCGUUUUGAUCGCAUCAAAUUCGAUGGGUGUGCUUUUUACAGUGCUUCCAGCCCCAUUGCUUUCGGACAGAUAUGGUCGACGGCCAACAGCCAUAUUCUUCUGCUUAUGGCAGAUUGCUUUUUCUAUUGGCCAAGCGUUCGUUAAGACAAAGUGGCAAUUCAUGGCCGUACGCAUUUUCCUGGGAUUCGGUAUGAUCAGCUUGAACAUAUCAUCCAACCUCCUUGUUGCUGAAAUCUCCCAUCCAAGGCAACGCGCUCAAGUUACCUCUUUGUGGAUCACUUUCUUCUAUGUGGGCGCCAUCACAGUGGCCUGGACCGCAUUUGGGGCGCUCAGCAUCAACUCUUCAUGGUCAUGGAGACUUCCAAUCAUCAUACAGGCAGCAUGGAACAUCGUUCAAUUGCCCUUGUUGGUUUUCCUCUGUCCAGAAUCACCAAGAUGGAUGAUUCUCAAGGGACGCCACGAGGAAGGCAAAAAGCUCCUCGCCAAGUACCACGCCAAUGGGGAUCUCCACGACGAACUCGUGGAACUUGAGUAUGAAGAGAUCAUCUCCAAUACCACCAGAGAGCAAGAAAAGAAUGGCAAUUCCGUGCUCAACUUGUUCAGGACUAAGCCCAAUCUUUACCGCCUGAGUCUUGCAGUUCUUCUGGGCCUUUCCAGCCAGUGGGUUGGGAACGCUGUCGUCAAUUUCUACCUGGCCCCCGUUCUGGCUUCUGUCGGUAUCACCAGCAACCGAGCCCAGAACGGUAUCAAUGGAGGCCUUCAGAUCUGGAGCUGGUUCAUGGCCGUUGCAGCAUCACUCAGCAGUGAAAGGUUUGGCCGAAGGACCUUACUGAUUGCAUCGGCUUGCGGUAUGCUGGUCAACAUGGCCCUUGUCACCGCUUGCUCAGCUCUAUAUGCCAACAGUCACAACAUUGCGGCAGGAAGAGCUGUGAUUGCCUUCCUUUUCCUGUUUUUCGGAUGCUAUUGCAUUGGGUUCACUCCGAUCCCACCUCUAUAUGUCGCUGAGAUCUCGACUCCGGCCACACGUCCAAUGCUGGUGUCCCUCUAUUGGAUGUGCACUGGAUUGGCUUUAUGCUUCAAUCAACUGGUCAACCCCAUUGCUCUCGCCGCCAUAGGAUGGAAGUACUACCUUGUUUAUGUGGCUGUCCUGGUUGUCGUCAUCAUUCUCUUCGCGCUAUUCCUCCCGGAGACCAAGGGGCUGACCAUCGAAGAAAUCGAUGGCAUUUUUGACAGCAACUCCCGCAAUGCUACCAUCGAGGCUGCCGAACGAAUCAGGGUGAAGCAUGAAUAUGAGCAUGAUGAAGGGAUUGAGAUCGAGCACCAGGAGGCUAAACUCGAGCAUGUCGAAGUUAAAGCCUAG